AUGAAUAAUAAACUGAAUGGAUCAGGUAUCUCAAUUCUUAAUAACUUAAAGAUGAUCAAUAAACAUUACACCAAACUAAUCGUCUUUAUAAUUAGUUGCAUUACCAUGACGGUAUUGUUUCAACUUUUAACACCAAAUGAUCCAAUAUCUCCCGAUUUAUCAUUAUUUCAAACUCAACAAUUACAAAAUAACAAAUUCAUCGCGUCGAAUCCCAAAUCCAUUCGUGUCAUUACUGAUUUCAGUGUGUUAAAAUGUAAUUUAUAUCGUAAAUGUAACAUCCCAAAGAGUUACAUUCAAUUGUUUCCAAACUUGAAUUAUUAUCAUAAUUCCAAAAUUAAAAAUGAUUAUUAUUUGAUUGUUAGAUAUCAAUCAUUAGAUGAAGCAACUAAAAUCAUCACUGACAUUUCAACCACUAAAGUGGAUGAUAGUUAUGAAGAAAUCAAAAUCGAUAAUCAAUUGACUUUAUAUAAAAAAAUUGUCAUCUCCAAUACCCAGCAACCAAUUGCCAGUGAUUUACCUAUACUACGAUCUAUUGACGUGUUGUUUGGAAAUAAUGAUUUAAUAGAUUCCCGACCAUAUCAUAGCACUUUGCAUUUAUCCAAUAAAGACACCAUUCAUACUAUAUUAUCGAUGAAUAUGAUGAGUUUGGAACAACAAGCAAAAUUGCAGGAAACUAGUAAAUAUUUGAAUAAUGUCAAGAAUUCACAAUUGAUUGAUACCUCUAAUCCUCGUUAUAAAGUGAUGCAAUUAUCUGAUUUACAUUUUGGUCAAGAUUUAGGAAGAUGUGAAACUGUCAUUGCUGAUAAAGAUAAAGAUAAUGUUGAUGAUGAAAAAUGUACUUCUGAUUUGAAAACUUUGAAAUUCAUUGAGGAUUCAAUCAAUCGAGAGAAACCAGAUUUGAUAGUUAUUACUGGGGAUUUGAUUGAUAUUCAUAGAUCAAUCGAUUUUAAAUCAAUACUAUUGAAAUCUUUACAACCAAUUUUGGCAAAUAAUAUCAAUUUUAUUUAUACAUUUGGGGAUGAAAUUCAAGAUACUGAAACUAAACUUUCCGUGAUUUCAUUCUUGUCUACUUUACCAAAUUGUUUAAAUACCUUACCUCAAGAUAAUAGUUUACAUGGUGUUACUAAUUAUAAUUUCCAAAUCAAGAAUGACAAACAAUCGGCCAGUAUUACUGUGUUGGAUUCCGAAGGUCAUUUGUUGGAUGAUUCUCAGAUUAAUUUCUUGUAUCGUAUCAACAAAGAAAUGAGCAACGAUUACAAGUUGUUGUUUUUCCAUUAUCCAAUUCCACAAUUUAGACCAAAGGGUAAAUUCAAGAUUAUUGGUUCAUAUAAUGAGAAGCAUAGAUUGGAUGAUAAGACAAAUGUUAAAUUCCAUGAUGAUAUAAUAAAUUGUGGAUAUAAUGUGAUAGGGGUUGGUCAUGAACAUGAAAAUGAUGCAUGUUUAAUAAGUGAACUGAAAGAUAAUUCAAUAUGGUUAUGUUAUAAUAGUAUCACUGGUGAUUCGGGAAUCACUAGAUUAGAUAACAAUUAUGUUCGUAAGUUGAGAAUAUUUGAAAUUGAUUUUGCUGAUAAACGAAUAUUAAGUUGGAAACGUAGAGAAGUUGACAAGAGUACAUUUGACUACCAAUUGAUUUAUACCAAACCCAACAAAACAUGA